AUGAUCGGAAAACUCACCAACAUCUACACUCUGUUCACCGUAGCCGUCUUUCUCUCUUAUUUGGAUCACAUCAACACUAACCCAGCUAUUGCAACCGGCUACGAUCCUUUCGAAAUCUGCAUCGAGAACUGCGCGCAGUGUAAGAAGAUGUUGGGCGCGUGGUUCGAAGGCUCCCUCUGCGCUGAAUCCUGUAUCAAAUUCAAAGGAAAACUGAUUCCAGAGUGUGAAGACUUUGCUUCCAUUGCGCCUUUUCUCAACAAACUUUAAAAAAAAGAUUGUCUAUGCAAUACUCGCUUCGAUUUAAAAGGACCUGUCAAAUACUUUAUUGUUUCUAUUAUUAUUUUUUGAAGUUUAGUCGCGAACUUCGUAUUUAAUGCCAAAGCAUUUAAACUUUAAUUAUGUAAGUUGUUACU